AUGAUGCACUUCACACUCGGAGGCGGCGCCACGGGGAAGAGCAAGGCCGCGCACGCCCGGUCGGCGAGCGAGCCGUGCCCCUGCCAGUGCCACCACGUGCACAGUCGCCUCGACGCCGGCAUCCGCUCGCUAGGGGCAUGGUUGGCUUCCGCCACGUGCUCCGGUGUCAAUGACGGGCCUUCGGGGCUCGCGCGCGUCGACGCCGUGCUGGCCGUGCUCGGCGAGUUCCUCGCGCUGCCGCAGGCCGCGGCGGCCCUCCGCGAAGACGCGGCUGCCUACGACCGGAUCCUCGACGGGUCCCUCGCGCUGGCCGACGCGUACGGCUCGUUCGAGCCGGCGCUGCUCGCGCUCAAGCAGAGCGCCGCGGAGCUCCGUGCGGGCGUCCGGCGCGGGGACGGCGAGAUGGUCGCCGCGUCGCUACGGGCACACAAGCGCGCGGAGAAGGAGCUGUGCCACCUCGCCGCCGAGAUAGGGCACACCUCGAGGCACGCCUUUCCGUCGCCGGCUGACGGUGAGGUGAUCGGCGUGGUGGCGGAGGUGGCGGCGGCCACAGCGUCAGCGUCGGAGGCCAUCUUCUUGAGGUGCGCGGCGAUGUCCCCGGACGUAUCGGCAGUAGCCCACACGGUGUCAUCGAACGCGUGGCUGACGAGACUGCGAGUGGUGCCGGCGGCCAAGAAGGCAGUGCCACUGCCACUGCCAGAGACGGCGACGGUGGCCGCGGCGUUGGAAGGGCUGGAGAGACACAUUGGUGAGCUCGAGAGCUGGAGCGAGAAGGUGUUUAGAAGUCUGUUGCGUACGAGAGUUUCACUCCUUAACAUCCAUAAUACCUUGUAG